AUUUACCCCCUACCUAAAGUGUCACCUGCAAAGUUUGUCAUUCCUUCACCUCAGCUACAGAGAUCAGUAAACGCUGUUCAAGAUGUGCCCUGUGGACUGGCCACAGCUGCCACUCAACAAGACGAUUCCCUACAGAUCAUUGAUAGUAUCAUUGAGGAGAGUCAAAAGGGAAGUGUUGGUGAGGUGGCUCAGCUGUUGGAUCAGCUAAAUGUUGACGUAAAAGCAGACCCGGAGCCAACGGAAGAGAAUAAUGCUCAGGAAGUUCCUGUGGCGCUAGCAGAGCCAGCUGUUGAACCUCAGCCUGUCGGGAGACAAGAGGAACAACAGGAAAGUGCAGCAACAAAUGGAGCAUGCUCUGUGUCUGCACCUGAACCCUCAGAUUUCCCUGGGCCUUUGGUAGGGUCACCAGAGCAUGUUCAGCCCCCAGAUAUCACCAGCACAUUAAGACAGCCCAAUGGAGCUCUUGGGGUUGCAGAAGGGGAACAGAGACCUGCGGACAUCUUAGACCAGGUUCCACUCACAGACAGGCAGUUGGACUCUGAUCCCUCUGGGCCAACAAAACCACCACGGCAAUUCACAGUGGAACCAGACAUCGUAGCCAGCACCAAGAAGCCUCCUCCCUCACGACCACCCCCGCCCAGUGGAGGUCCCCCACCAAGGCCGCCACCACCAUCUUGGCAGAGUCUACCUUCUAGGAAGUCCCAGGACGCUCUGAGGCCAAGUGGACUUGAAGUGUCUGCUGUCAGCCCAGUCAGUGCUGAUGUGCUGGAACCCUCUGGACUGGUGUCUCCUAGCAGCACCGUGAGGAGUCUAACCAAAGAGCUGCAGCAUUCCCUGGAUCUGGCUAGUGCCACUAGUGGGGACAAGGUGGUGACAGCACAAGAGAAUGAGGAUGAGCAGGCCUCAUCUCAGAGUGGAGCACAAACCCCAGGUCCUCAACGUCCACGUUCCAACUCUGGUAGAGAACUGACAGAUGAAGAAAUCCUGGCCAGUGUGAUGAUCAAGAAUCUGGACACUGGGGAGGAGAUUCCUCUAAUCCAGGCAGAAGAGAAACUCCCUGCUGGGAUUAACCCUCUCACUCUGCAUAUCAUGAGGAGAACCAAGGAAUAUAUUACGAAUGAUGCAGCACAGUCAGAUGACGAUGACAAAACUCAGGCUCCACUGGCAGACACAGAUGGUGGAAAACUGAAACAGAAAACGACCCAGUUUAAAAAAUUCCUGGGAAAGUCUGUGAAGAAAGCCAAGCAUCUGGCAGAGGAAUACGGAGAGAAGGCAGUGAACAAAGUGAAAAGUGUGCGUGAUGAAGUGUUCCAUACAGAUCAGGAUGACCCGUCGUCUAGUGAUGAUGAGGGUAUGCCGUACACCCGACCUGCUAAAUUCAAGGCAGCACACAGCUUCAAGGGUCCCUUUGACUUUGAUCAGAUCAAGGUUGUGCAAGACCUGAGUGGAGAGCACAUGGGGGCUGUUUGGACCAUGAAGUUCUCUCAUUGUGGGAGGCUGCUGGCAACCGCAGGCCAGGAUAAUGUCGUUCGUAUCUGGGUCUUAAAAACUGCCUUUGACUACUUCAAUAACAUGAGAUUGAAGUACAACACUGAAGGUCGAGUUUCACCUUCUCCCUCUCAGGAAAGUUUAUGCUCUUCUAAAUCUGACACAGAUCCGGGGGCAAGUUGUGUUCCAGAAGAUCCAGACACAGAAGAUAGGAAUGCCCCUUUUCGUCAAGUCCCCUUUUGCAAGUACAAAGGUCAUACAGCUGAUCUUUUAGACUUGUCCUGGUCAAAGAAUUUUUUCCUGCUCUCCUCUUCCAUGGACAAAACAGUCAGACUGUGGCACAUAUCCAGGAGAGAGUGUCUCUGCUGCUUUCAACACAUCGAUUUUGUCACGGCCAUUGCUUUCCAUCCCAGAGAUGAUAGAUACUUCUUAAGUGGAUCCCUUGACGGCAAGCUACGGUUAUGGAACAUUCCUGACAAGAAGGUGGCGCUGUGGAAUGAGGUGGAUGGGCAAACACGGCUCAUCACUGCUGCCAAUUUCUGUCAAAAUGGGAAAUAUGCUGUGAUCGGCACCUAUGACGGCAGAUGCAUCUUCUACGACACAGAGCGCCUGAAAUACCACACCCAAAUUCAUGUGAGGUCCACCAGAGGCAGGAACAAAGUCGGACGCAAAAUCACUGGGAUUGAACCUCUGCCUGGAGAGAAUAAGAUUUUGGUGACCUCAAAUGAUUCCCGCAUUCGCCUUUACGAUCUGAGGGAUCUAUCUCUGUCGAUGAAAUAUAAGGGUUACGUCAACAGUAGCAGUCAGAUUAAAGCUAGUUUCAGCCAUGACUACUCCUUCAUUGUGAGUGGCUCAGAGGAUAAAUAUGUCUACAUCUGGAGCACAUACCAUGACCUGAGCAAAUUCACAUCUGUACGACGGGACCGCAAUGACUUCUGGGAAGGGAUUAAAGCUCACAACGCAGUGGUCACCUCCGCCAUUUUCGCGCCCCACCCAGGCCUCAUUGUUCCACAAGAGACCGGGGCAGAGAAACCUGAGGCAGAGUGCAAGAGUCUGGACUCCACAGAUUCUGAAACUAUCCCCUCAGGAGCCCUGAAGACGGAUCACACAGAGGUUCUUCUCUCUGCUGACUUCACUGGAGCCAUCAAAGUCUUCAUCAAUGUUAAAAAGUACUGAGCACUUCAGAGGUCGUCAGCUCCCUGUGUUCAGACCUGUCCAAGGCUGACCGGUCCUGAAGGUGAAGAACAGCCUGUCAGAAGUGAUCUGAACGCAUCCAACUACCUAACGGUUAUUGCUCUGAAACCAAGAGCUGUCUGUAGCUUUUUCAGGAGAACAGGGACCCUUAAAAGAAAGAGGGACUGGGUGAACUAUGGACUGUGGAAAGACAUGGGACUCCCUGUCAUAUUUCUAUUUUUUAUCUUUAAUACCAAGCAACUGUGAACUGUUUGGCAUUAAAAGCAGCCAACUGUGUGGUCUGAACAGAUCCUGAAUCUGUUUAGAAAUGUACAUUUAAAAAAGUAUGGUCAGGAGCGAGUUUAGUUUGGAGGUAAAUUAUAAUAGUAUGGGCACCUUACUAGUAUGUUCUAGUCCUACAUUUCGAAGGUAACUCCCACAAAUCGCAAGACACUGUCCUAAUUGUGAGUCACAAAUCUAAAUGUGUCUUGUGUGUAAAUGAUUUAACAGUUGUUGAAAAUAGGUGGUUUGAUAUGUCCUUUACCUGUUAUUUGUGCCUACAAAAUCUAGGUAGCUUUUUAAAAUUCUUAAAAUUCUCAAGCUGUCCAAAAUAUAUCAAACACUUAAGGUAAUGAACCUACGGUACAGGAAAUCUGUAUACGGUUACUAAUGAUUAGGGCUGGGUAUGUUUUUUUUUUUUUUUUGAACCAAUACUGGCUCGUAAUUACUUUUGAUACAUUUCUUUCUUCAAUUAAAGCACAUUUCAUUAUAUAAAAGAACUGUAAAUUUACUGUGUAACAUUGCAUACUUACUGCUUUUGUAAACAAAACCAAAUGAUGCUCUGUUAAUUUCCUCAAUAAAAGUCCACACAAACUAGAAAA